AUGUUAAAUAUAAAUACUCAAGGAGAAAAACUAAAAUAAAGUGCCAAUUAUAUAAAAACUCUGUAAAAAGAAGUCAGUGAAUUCAAAGAAAAAAUCAACAAUCUUGAAUUUGAAUUAUCAACUCUCAAAUUCCUAGAAUAAUAUAUUUAAUAUGAAAUACCAAAGUUAGAUGAAAUCAAUGAAGAUAAAGAAAGAGAGAAAUAGGAAACUUAAUCUAAACUAAAUAAGUUACUUAAAGAAAUAUAAGACUUGAAAGAUUCUAAUUCAGAUUUAUAAUCGUAAUUAAAAGCAAAGGAUUAAUAAAAAUAAGAAAUAAUUGAAAAGCUUAAAUCAGAGUUAUCGAAAAAGCAAUAGGAUUUUGAGAAAUGUCAAGCUGAAUUAGAGGCUAAAAACAAACUAUUUGAUGAAAUGAAAAAGAAAGAAGAAGAAAAUUUUGCAAUCAUUCAAGAAGGUUCUGCAACUAAUUCACCUACGAAUGAAAAAAAAAUGCAUGAUAUUCAAAAAUACCAAAUUGAAAAUUAAAGAUUAAAAAAUGAAUACUAAUAAUUAAAAAAAGAAUAUGAUAAUUUAACUAAUAUUUUUAAUGAUUUGGUUAAAGAAAGACAUAAGUAGGAUGAAGAUAAUCAAUAAUCUGUGAGAGAUUGGAAAACUAAAUAUGAUUAAAUAGCUAAACUACGUGAUUCUGAUAAAGAAAGUUUCUAAUCUUAAUUAGAAGAUAAAACUAAAGUUAUUGGAAAUCUUUAAUAGAAGCUUUACUAAAUUUAAAAAGAGACAAGUACUAAGGAUACAUAAACUCAUGAGUAAACAGGAUAAAAAGAUAGCAUCGUUUCAUUUUAAUAUGAUGAAGAACAGAUAGAUGUCUUAGAUAAAACCUUAGAAAUCAUUUCAAAUAGUUCUAUCUAAUAAAUUAUUACUCUAUGCUAAACUUAGGGACAAUAAAAUGAUUUAUUAAGAGAGCUAAAAAGAAUAAUCGAAGAAACAAUAAGCAUUGUACAUUAAAAGCUAGCAACAUCCCUACCAUCAAUGAUUAAAACAUGUUGUGAAGUGAAAGAUUCUUCGUCUAUUUAAUUGAUAUUAUGA